UUCUCUGUUAUUUCCUUACUUUCAAAGCUAAAAACCAACAAUCGGUAUCUAGAGCCAUUUUAUUGUGGGAUUUGUGAGUGAGAUGAAUUCUAAAAACAACUUUUCCUAAAUAGCUUCUCCUGUCUUUGAUAGUGAGAAUUACCAACUUUGGACAGUAAAAAUGGAGACUUAUCUUGAGGCUGUAGAUCUUUGGAAGGCUGUAGAGAAGGGUUAUGUUGUUCUUCCGCUGCCCAAUAAUCUCAAGGCAGCCCAGAUCAAAAGCCAUAAGGAAAAGAAAAUCAUAAAAUCAAAGGCAAAAACAACUUUGCUAGUGUGUGUCCCAACAAUUUUCACGAAAACUAUGACCUUUAAAUCAACAAAAGAAAUUUGGAAUUAUCUAAAGGAACAAUGUAUAGGAGAUGAAAGAAUACGAGGUAUGAAGGUGUUGAAUCUAAUAAGGGAUUCAAAUUGCAAAAGAUGAAGAAUCUGAGACCGUCAAAGAGUACUUAGACCGACUUCUUGACAUUGUUAAUAAGGUACGAUUGCUUGGCACAAAAUUUAAAGAUUCAAGAAUUGUUGAAAAAAUUCUUGCCUGAAGGAUACGAAGUAUCAAUAACUACCUUGGAAAACAUAAAAGACUUGUCCAAAGAUUACCUUGGUUGAUAAUAAAAUCAACCCACAACACGGAAACAAGAUACAAAACACGAGAGAAACCGAGGACCCAAGGAUACCAAGUCUCGGUCAAUCAACAAUAACACAAGAGUGACGAAAGAACAAGGUGUAUUUCACACCAAAACAACAACAACAAGAGAUGAGCAACAAGAUGACAAGGAACAACAACAACAAAACGGAAACAAACCAACAGAUUCACUAAACAAAAAACAAACACUUCAAACGAUUACAAGGAGAUAAAGAUAGGUAGUGAGACAUAAACUCCUACAAGAACUAAGAACCUAAGUGUAUCUCAAACACUAAGACCCUUAACUAAUGUAAAAGCAACACCAACACUAUUACAUGACACAAAAGGGCGUCCACCACUCAAGCACCAACGUUUCUAGCUAAGUUUUGCAUCUCAAGUGAUUCCGCACGUGAAUUAUCCCUCAUUUCAGUUUUGACUUUUCCAAGCCCUACAACGAAGGUGUUACACUCUCUCAAAAAGAGAAGGAUGUUUCAAGUUUUUCUUUCUACAACAUUCAACAACUAAAGCUAAAAUGACUUAACAAUAGUCUAUUUAUAGACUUAUUACAAAACAAAGUGAAAGGUCCAAAAAGCCCUUAAUGAAGGGGCAAAAGGGCGCCCUUGGAGUGCAUGUAGGGGCGGCUUUGGAGUGUUCUGAAGCCCUUUUCACACUUCAACUUGUACACUCCCUCGACCUGAUUUAAUGCAUACUCAUGUACGUCCAUCUUCAUGAUCGUGCCCGUAUCAUUGACAGAAUUGUUAAAUACAUUGUAGGCACAAGAGCAAAAGAGGUGUUAGAAUAUGAGUAGGAAUAGGAAUAGCAUAUAAAAUCCUAUUAGGAAAAAGAUUGUAACGUAGUAUCCUAUUAGGAAAGGGAUUGUAACGUAGUAUCCUAUUAGGAAAAAGAUUGGAAUGUAGUGUCUAUAAAUAGGGCCUCAAUGUAAUAAUGUAGUUACAACAAUUCAAUAAUAUUUUUCUCUUAUAUUUCUCACCUGGUAUCAGAGCUUCCACGAUCUUAGUAAAGAAUCAAAGAGUUUCCGCCGUCGGCGGGCGGCUAUAAUCCAUAUAUGCCGCCUAUCUGGCCAAUGAUUAUGUUAGCAAAAGUUGGGUCACUGACUCACUGUGUAUCUUUCUAGUGACUAUUUUCUCAUAUCUUUGCGUAGCACCAUGCUUCUGUCCGGUGACUACUUUUUCAUAUCUAUUUUUCUUAGCACCGUACUUCUUUUUGGUGACUAUUUUCUCAUAUCUGAUUUGCGUAGCACCGUGCAUCUUUCCGGACUACUGUCUCAUAUUUGAGUUGCAUAGCACCAUGCAUCUUUCUGGUGACUCCUCAGAUUUAAUUUACAUAGUUUCGUACGUUUUUCCGGUGACUCCUCGGAUUUUUUUCAAUAAGGUCGUGCCAUCAUUCCGACCCUGUUCAUAUAAUUUAUCUUUUUCAGUAGGAUCGUGCCGUUAUUCUGACCCUACUCAUAUAAUUUCUAUUUCUCAAUAGAGUCGUGCCAUCAUUACGACCCUACACAUAUUUCUCUUUUUCAGUAGGGUCGUGUCAUCAUUCCGACCCUCCUCAUAUACUUUUUUUUUCCUCAGAUUGUAGUCACUUUUCAGCCAUCAAGUUUAAUUAUUCGACCUGUGAGCAUGUUUCGGCUAAGUUUCCGGUGACUUUUAUGUUCAAGAUCUCUUUGUCUCUUGAUUUUGAGAUGACCCGUAUAUUUUAUACCAGUUUUCGGCAAUUUUCCAGCGACACAUCGACUUUACGGCAAUAUUUACUACUUUUCGGAUCAUUUUUUCAGUUUGUUCCGUUUCAAUUGAGGUCUCCCAGACGUCCAAAGCAGUCCUUAUCAAUUUUCUUGCAGAUAUCUUCACUAAGUCCCUCACCGAUUCUCAUAUUAGUUACAUCCAUAACAAGCUUGGUACAUAUGUCUUCUAUGCACCAGCUUGAGGGAGAGUGUUAGAAUAUGGGUAGGAAUAGGAAUAGCAUAUAGAACCCUAUUAGGAAAAAAUGUUGUAUCCUAUUAGGAAAAGGAUUGUAACGUAGUAUCCUGUUAGGAAAAGGAUUGGAAUGUAGUGUCAUAAAUAGGGCCUCAAUAUAAUAAUGUAGUUACAACAAUUCAAUAGUCUUUUUCUCUUAUAUUUCUCACGGGAGGCUCAUGAGGCAGGAUGAUAUGGUUGAAGAAGCUUUGGCAGCCAACCACUAGACUCAAAGCAAAGGUAAUAAUUCCAGAAUAAAUUACCCACCUUACCAGCACUGUGGCAAAAUAGGUCAUCCUCUAUUUAAAUGUUGGGAGAGACCAGAUGUACAAUGCAAGAUCUGCAAUCAACUUGGUCAUGAAGUUGUGAUUUGCAAAAGCAAAUUGCAGAAAUAUGAAGUAGAUGCCCAAGUCACCAAAGAAGAAAAAGAAGAUUACUUAUUUGUGGCAAUAUAUGUUUCAACCUAGAAAUUUGAUUUUUGGAUGAUUGACACAUUGGUUGUACAAACCACAUGACAUAUGAAAAAACUCUCUUUAAAGAGUUUCUGCCUUUGGAAAAUAAGAAAGUCAGAAUCGGAAAUGGUGACUGUUACUGCAGAAGGUAAAAGGAAUGUUGCAAUCAAAGCAAUUUCAGUGGAACCUGCUCCAGGAGCUGAUGAUGAAGGACUUGAGGUUGCUAAGCAGUGUCUAUCAGAGGCUUUUAAGAUUGGUCCUUCAUCUUAUGCCUCAAGUUCAGAUUCAUUAGUGGACAUAUUCAGUUCACGAGAAGCAAUUGACCAAAGCCAAAUAAAUGUAGAUCGUACUCAUGAUAUAUCUCUGCCAGAUGCUCCUUGUACAUCUUCAGGACAAAAGGCCGCAGAUGGGACAAAAGAAGCUCAGACGUUUGGUAUAUCCAAAGAUGAGCUCUUUGGGCAAUUUUUUGACGCUCUUGAAAAAGCUCACUAUUUCGGAAGCUUGCCAGAUGGAAAAGACGAUCAGGCUCAGCUGGAUAGAGCAUCAAGAAUAUUUCACACUGCUUUGGAGGAGAUGCAAAAAUCUGGAUGUGCUAUGUUCGACCGAAACAACCUUGCUGAGAUCUUAAAAUCUCAAGGUAAUAAAGCAAUGCAGUCAAAACUUUACCCUGAUGCUAUUGAGCUGUAUUCUUUUGCAACUGCACUUUGUGAAGAUAAUGCGGUUUACUAUUGCAACAGGGCAGCUGCUUUAACCCAGAUCCACCAUUAUGAAGCAGCAGUUCAAGACUGCCUAAAAUCUAUUGCAGUAAACCCCAAUUAUAGCAAGGCUUAUAGUAGAUUGGGAUUUGCCUAUUAUGCUCAAGGAAAGUACCGUGAUGCGAUAGAUAAGGGAUUCACAAAAGCAUUGCUGUUGGAUCCUAAUAGUGAUUCUGUCAAGGAAAAUAUACGGGUAGCAGAACAAAAGUUGAAAGAAGAGCAACAGAAGAGGGAGAAUGAUCAGAGCUCAGCCUCUUCAAGUCAUGGACAAGCCUCAAAUCACCAGCCUGCUGGGGCACCUAGAACUCAUGCCAUGCCUCCGCCAUUUGCAUCAAUGUCAUUUGAUGGCAAUGGUAUUCCUGAUUUGUCUAACGAGCUUAUGAACAUGACAAGAGAUGCAUUCCAAGGGCAGCAUGGUUCAAAUGGGCCAGAUGGAAGCAGCAACGCUGACUCAAACGACGAGCCCGUUAUAAGGAUAAGCAGGAGCGUAAAUCUCGGUUUUGGUGACCAGAUGCCUGAGGAAUUGACUGGGACCUUGAGGUCUGUUAUGGAGAUGUUUUCAGGAGCACAACCUCCUGGGAAUCCUCAGGAUAACAUGAAUGGAAGGUCAACACCGAAUUGAGGCAUUUAUGUUGGAGAGCCUCAUUCUUGAGUUGAUCAACAUCUCCAUCCUUUUACAUAUACCUUUUCAGUGAACUGUACUCUUGCAUUUGAAUUGAUUAUUUUCCCUUCAACUAGAUUUGUAAAUUGAAGAUCUAAAACUAAGGUUUGCAGUGUGAUCUUAGGUGCUUCGCUGAUGCU